UGAGGUUGUGUGUGUGUGUGUGUGUGUGUGUGUGUGGAAAGGAGGGACGCAGAGCAGUGUGUAAAGAGAAAGCGAGCUGAAGUUCUCCUAACUCUUCCGUGUCUAAUGCGUCUGGCUCUCGUCAUGUCUCUCCCUCUGCUUCUGUUCUUCAUUCAGUUCUGGAGUCCGUCUCUCCAGCAGUUUCCUCGGCCGUGCACCACACCGGACGUCCUGCAGAGCAAGCGCUGCUGUCCGGUCUGGCUGGGCGACGGUUCGGUGUGCGGCUCCCUGUCGGGUCGAGGCUUCUGCCAGGACGUCACGGUCUCUGAUCUUCCCGACGGGCCGCAGUACCCACAUUCAGGCCUGGACGACCGCGAGCGCUGGCCUCUGGUGUUCUACAACCAAACCUGCCAGUGCGCCGGAAACUACAUGGGCUUCGACUGCAGCGAGUGUAAGUUCGGUUACUUCGGUGCCAACUGCGGGGAACGACGGGAAUCUGUGCGCAGAAACAUCUUCCAGUUAUCCGUGUCUGAAAGGCAAAGGUUCAUCUCAUACCUCAAUCUCGCCAAAACUACCAUCAGCCCCGAUUAUGUGAUCGCGACGGGCACGUAUGCGCAGAUGAACAACGGCUCGACGCCCCUGUUCGCCGACAUCAGCGUGUACGAUCUGUUCAUCUGGAUGCAUUAUUACGUGUCCCGUGACGCGCUGCUCGGGGGUCCCGGGAAUGUGUGGGUCGACAUUGACUUUGCGCACGAAUCGGCCGCGUUUCUGCCCUGGCAUCGCGUUUACCUGCUGUUCUGGGAGCACGAGAUCCGGAAGCUGACCGGUGACUUUAACUUCACCAUCCCGUACUGGGACUGGCGCGAUGCGCAGGACUGUCAGGUGUGCACGGAUGAGCUGAUGGGGGCGCGCAGUCCUCUCAACCCCAACCUGAUCAGCCCGUCCUCGGUGUUCUCCUCCUGGAAGGUGAUCUGUUCACAACCCGAAGACUACAACCAGCGUGAGGUUUUGUGUGACGGGUCUCCAGAGGGGCCGUUACUGCGUAACCCAGGAAACCACGACCGAAACCGUGUCCCGCGGCUGCCCACCUCUGCAGACGUGGAGUCAGUGCUGAGUCUAACAGACUACGAGACGGGCCUGAUGGACAGACGCGCCAACAUGAGCUUCAGGAACGCUCUGGAAGGAUUUGCGAGUCCUGAGACGGGGCUGGCAGUAACGGGUCAGAGCUUGAUGCACAACUCCUUACACGUCUUCAUGAACGGAUCCAUGUCUUCAGUGCAGGGAUCUGCCAACGACCCCAUCUUCCUUCUACAUCAUGCCUUUAUCGACAGCAUCUUUGAGCAAUGGCUGAGGAGACACCAGCCUCCCCGCACACACUACCCGACCGCCAACGCCCCGAUCGGACACAACGGCGGCUAUUACAUGGUCCCCUUCAUCCCUCUCUACAGAAAUGGAGAUUAUUUCCUCUCGACUAAAGCUCUGGGUUAUGAAUAUGCAUAUUUACAGGACCCAAGUCAGCGGUUUGUGCAGGAGUUUCUGACACCGUAUCUAGAGCAAGCUCGGCAGAUCUGGCGCUGGCUGCUGGCCGCAGGGAUCCUCGGGGCGGCUGUGGCAGGAAUUAUUGUAGCUAUUAUCGCCGUGGUGUUUCGCAGACGGCCGAAGAGGAGAAAGUCAUACGGGGAGAGACAGCCGCUGCUGAACAGCAGCGAAGAAGAGGGAUCGACUUCAUAUCAGACUACACUGUGACCCUACAGACACACGUCAGCGAGGACGUAUAUGCCGUACUGAUAGGAAAAAGACACAACAGCCAGUUAACCCAGGUCACGUGACAAACGAGACAAGGUCUCGCCUCUAAACCGGAGUCAUGCAACAAGGGCUGCGUUCAGAAUCUUGCUUCUGUUCAAAUGUUUGGGGUCAGUAAGUUUUUUCAGCAAGGAUGCAUUAAAUUGAUCAAAAGUGACAGUAAAGACAUUUGUAACAUCUUUCUAUUUCAAAUAAAUGCUGCUCAUUUGGACUUUCUAUUCAUCAAAGAAUCUUGAAGAUCAAAUCUAUCACGGUUUCCACAAAAUAUUAAGCAGCACAACUGUUUUCAAUAUUGAUAAUAAUCAGAAAUGUUUUUUAAACAGCAAAUCAGCAUAUUAGAAUGAUUUCUGAAGGAUCAUGUGACACUGAAGACUGGAGUAAUGAUGCUGAAAAUACAGCUUUGAUCACAGGAAUAAAUUACAUUUUGAAAUAUAUUACAAUAGAAACAGUUAUUUGAAAUUUUAAUAAUAUUUCACAGUAUUUGACUGUAUUUUUGAUCAAAUAAAUGCAGCCUUGGUGAGCAGAAGAGGCAUAUUUGAAAAACAUCAAAAAAAUCUUACCAACUCCAAAUAUUUGAAUUGUUUUGUAAAUAUUAGUUAAAAUAUGCAGUGCACAACCAAAAUAUAUUGAUUAAAAUACUGCAUCCCAUAACGGAAUGUGCUUAAUUGGCUUUUCAGUUCCAGUGGGAAUAAGCAAUUUCACCGACCAAUUGCCUGAAGCAAUCUGACUAAAGGUUUUCAAAAUAUUUUUUUAAAUAAUUGGAUUUAAAAUGUUAAAUAAUCAUUUCAAUUUCCGAGCCACUCAAAAAUGCAACACAGUGAGGUCAUAUGACAUCAAUGUUGCAUACUAAUGUUUGAAAUGCUUAUUGUUUCACAUGCUAAUUAAUAUUACACAACAUACACUGUGCAGU